GUAGAAAUAAGACUUAAUAUGUACUCUCUGACUUAUCACUGCAAUUUAACUGAAAUUUGUUUAUUUUGUAGUCACAUUUUAGCACUCGUGGAAAAACACAACUGACUCAUUUGUCAUUUCUUUGACAUGUAUAUAAUUCGUUCACACGACAAACACGAGUAUGCGACGUGAUUUUGACAUAAACAUAAAGAGACGUACCCUCUUGCGUUGCUCGAAACUUUAAACAGUGUCAGUUAGGUUUAGCGUAUCGUUUCGACCAUGACUACGUUUCAAACAAAUUUUACGUAUGGCUCUUUUGAAAGAAAGUAGAAAUGUUUAUUAAGUAAAAGCUAAAAUCUCUUGUUGGAUUAAAACACUGCAUGUUUAAAUAAGCGUCUUUACUGAACAACAUUUGAAUAAAUGUUACGACGUAUUACUUGACAUAUAAACAUAAGUUUUAAUUAAAGUGUUGAGGCUCAAAUAUAUGGUAUACUUUAUGAUUAUUGGUGACUAUCUUUGAAAUCGCGACAGUUGAGAACAAGAAGUUCCGAUAUAAAUUUGUAGUUUGUGUUACAAAUUUAACACACUAUGGAGAUCUAUCGUUUUUUUAUAGUUUCUCUGAUAGCUCUAACAUACGGACACGUUACGUUUGGCCAUCCGGCGACGAACAGGCAAUAUACGUUAUGCGCCACUGAUACAUGUAUAAACACAGCGUCAGAGAUGUUGGCCAAACUCAAUCGUACCGUUGAUCCAUGUAACGAUUUUUACAAAUUUGCUUGUGGUGGAUGGUUACAACAUAAGCAAGCGAAUGUGUCAUUUUCUGAAAUUAAUUUUUUGUCAGAGCUUCGAAGGAAAACAAUGAACCAGCUUCGAGAAAUCUUAGAAGCACCGGCUAAGCCAAGCGAUACUACGUCUUUACUAAAAGCGAAACGUAUAUUCACGCAGUGCAUGGAUAAAGAAAAUAACGAAAUGUUCGGUAUAAGUAACUUGAGCGCCAUUGUAAAUAGCUACGGCGGAUGGCCAAUAGCUAUGUCUCGUCACGAAUGGAAUAAAAAAAAUUUGACUUGGCAAAAUGUUAGCUCCAUUUUGCAUAAAAAUGAGUUUGACAACGGCCUUUAUAUCGUAGAAGUAUCUCAAGAUUUCAAGAUCGCCAACAGCAACGUUAUCUAUAUAUUUGAACCUUCUUUUUCUUACUCUCGAGACGAAAUGAUUCAGUUAAACAACAUUGUUUCGCAAAAAACAAGUUUAAUAGUCAAAAUUGUAAAGGUUGCAAAAAAACUUAUAAACAGAACGGUAGAAAUCGAUAACCUUUUUCGAGAUGCGCUUGACAUCGUGCACUUUGAGAUGAAACUAGCUUACUUGACAGGAAUAAUUGAGGAAACCUCGACAGACGUUGAUACAUUUAUUCCAUCAACAAUCCAAAAAUUGCAAGAAAAGUACGACAAGCAACAUCCCGGAACGAAAGGGAGGAUUGACUGGCAUUCAAGUAUUCAGGAAUUGUUUGCAUCGCAAGGAAUCGCGAUUGAACCGUCUGAAAAGCUUCUCAUACCAGCGUAUAAUUAUCUUAUCAAUUUGGUACCGUUGUUAGAGCGAACACCGCCACGUACUAUUGUUAAUUUCAUGAUAUGGACUUUAAUCAGAACGUUUUCUAACUACAUCAAACCACAAAAAGAAAGUGGCAUUGCUCGCGUCAUAAUGGGUGCAGUCGGCGAACAAAUAGGAGUAAACGAUACAAGAUGGAUGAAUUGUGUCAACACGAUCAAUUUAAAAUCUGCUAUUUCGCAUGAAUAUAUAAAAAAUUACAUAUCGCCUGAAACUAUACAAGACAUCACAGAAAUAAGUACGGAUAUUAAAAGUGUCGUUCAUCAACAAAUAAGAAACACUACAUGGAUGGAUGAGCCUACAAGAGAUGCUGCUCUCGAGAAACUCGAGUAUAUGAAGUAUGAUUUUAUUAAGCCCGAAUGGUUCAGCGACGAAGCUAUUGACAGAUAUUACCAAGACUUUAACGUCAGUACGGGAUAUCUCGAAACCAUUAUAAAUAUAUUAAAAUUCGAAAAGAAGAAAAUGAUGAACUUGCUGAGGACACCCGUAGACAAAAAACAAUGGUUAUUCGAACCGACAGAACUAGAAGGAUACUACAGUCUGUUUUUCAAUAAAAUUGUUUUCACUGCUGCUUUCUUACAAAAUCCAGUAUAUGAUAGAAAUCGUGUUGCAUUAGUAAAUUACGGGACGCUAGGAGUUCUUAUUGGACAUGAAAUCAAUCAUGCUUACGAUACUGACUGUCGCAAUUAUGACAAAGAUGGCACCAAAGUGGAAUGGUGGACUCAAAAGACAAACAAAGAGUAUGAAAAUAUAACGCAAUGUUUUAUUGACCACUACAACAAGUAUCUGGUUCCAGGACAAGAACAUGAGAAUAUUCAAGUGAAUGGACAACAGACGCUCGAUGAGAACAUGGUAGAUUCUGCUGGAAUUGUUGCUGCAUAUUACGCGUACAAGAACAGAAAAGCAAGACUGAAUGAAACAGAUUGGCGGCUGCAAGGACUGGAAGAUUACAGCGAAGAUCAAAUCUUCUUCUUGACUUAUGCUCAAUUUCUCUGCGAAAGUGCUUUGCCGGAACAAAUACGAGAAGCAAUUCUUUGGGACGUCCAUUCUGUAAAAGAAAUUAGGAUUCGCGGUAGCUUUUCGAAUUCUCGUGAAUUCUCGAAAAGUUACAAUUGCUCUUUGGGAACUCCAAUGAAUCCAGAGAAAAAAUGUGCCCUUUGGUUCUAA